AUGGAAGAUGAUGCAGACGAUAAUGAAAGUGUUUUCUCAAAUGUUUCAACGUUCCGGGCAAAAGGAGAGACUCUGGAACAGAGAAAGUUGCAGAAGGCAGCUGUGAAAGAGGCGAGAAAGCAGAGAAAAAUUGAGAAAAAGGCCAAUAAUUGUCCCAGAAACCGAUUGGAUUUUCACAAAAUUCUACGACAGAAGCGGGGAAACUGUGCAAUUGCACUAUCAGUUUCAAUUCGACAAUACAAACGGCGCGCCGCUGUUCCUUCUCUUGGAUCGAUUGGACCGUUCUGUCUUUACACAGACUGCAGUACACGCACUGCUCUUCAAAUGUUUGACUCCUCAACACUGACCUUCGACUACACACACCUUGGCUACUAUCGUGAAGACGAUCUGCGUUUGGACGAACACCUCUAG